AGAGGCUGUGUGCGGCUCCACCCCUCCCACAGACAGCGGCAUGGCGAGCACAGAGACUGGAAGACAGUGUGAGACUGACGGCUGCAGCAAAGACGCCAAACUUCAGUGUCCCACUUGUAUCAAACUUGGUAUCCAGGGUUCCUACUUUUGCUCGCAGGAAUGUUUCAAAGGCAGCUGGGCGUCUCACAAGUUGUUGCAUAAAAAAGCAAAAGAGGACAGGAACCAGAAUGAAGCUAAGAACUGUGUGGAGACAGACACCAACACAGACCCGUGGUCAGGGUACCGCUACACAGGAAAGCUACGCCCUCACUAUCCACUGACUCCUAUGAGGCUGGUGCCCAGCGACAUUCAAAGGCCAGACUACGCUGAUCAUUCAAGAGGGAUGUCUGAGUCAGAGCAGUUUCUGAAGGGGACGUCACAGAUCAAAAUCCUCUCUCCAGAGGACAUUGAGGCCAUGAGGGUAGUGUGCAAGCUGGCACGGGAAGUCCUGGAUAUUGCAGCUGUGAUGGUAAAACCAGGAGUUACCACAGAAGAAAUUGACCAUGCUAUUCAUCUGGCUUGUACAGCGAGGAACUGUUACCCCUCCCCUCUCAACUACUACAACUUCCCCAAAUCAUGCUGCACAUCUGUCAACGAAGUCAUCUGCCACGGCAUCCCAGACAGAAGACCACUUCAAGAAGGAGACAUCCUUAAUGUCGACAUCACUGUCUAUCACAACGGUUUCCACGGAGAUCUCAAUGAAACCUUCUUUGUCGGAGAAGUGGAUGAAGGUGGAAAGAAGCUGGUUCAGACCACUUAUGAAUGCCUCAUGCAGGCGAUCGACUCUGUGAAGCCUGGAAUUCGCUACAGAGAACUUGGUAACAUUAUCCAGAAGCACGCUCAGGCCAACGGCUUCUCUGUGGUGAGGAGUUACUGUGGUCACGGCAUCCAUAGACUCUUCCACACGGCUCCCAACGUGCCACAUUACGCCAAAAACAAAGCAGUUGGAGUCAUGAAGCCCGGCCACGUGUUCACCAUCGAGCCCAUGAUAUGUGAAGGUGGAUGGCAGGACGAAACGUGGCCUGACGGCUGGACGGCAGUGACCAGAGACGGGAAGCGCUCGGCCCAGUUCGAACACACUCUGCUCGUGACCGAGACCGGCUGUGAGAUCCUCACCCUCCGUCUGGAAGAUGGCGGCCGCGCCCAUUUCAUGAGCCAAAUGUAGGCCGGGCGGCGUUGAGGAGUGGACUUCCCGGACACAGACAGCAGGCUCGCUGGCUGUUUGUCACACAAACACACAGAUAUAAAUAUAUGGAUACCAGAGGCACCGAUCAGAGAGCUCAGGCCAACUGUGGCUCUUACUGUUUGAAUUAAAUAUUGGUUCCUCAAAUUAAUGGAAAUACUUGAAUGUGUUAUAUAAAACGUGGAUUGAUUUUAUUAGUGAAAACUGUCCCAUGAAGGAAGUAAUAUUUAUGAAACUGGACU